GCAGUGCCGACGGAUCGCGGUAGGUCCGACCAUGAACUACAACGCCAUGGGCGCGCUGAACCUGUCGGCCGGUUGCGGCUUGCAGUUCGACCCGGGCUCGUACCUGGAGCGGCUGCAGGCGCUGCCCGUCAGCUCGUCAGAGAACACCAAGCGCUUCUCAGUCAGCCAUCUGCUGGAGCUGGACAACAUGGAGCAGGGACACGCCGCCGACGAGAAGGCUGCCGACAGCGAAGAGGACGAGCUCGCCAAGGACUGUGACCAGACGGCCAAGGGCGGUGCCGUCGGCGGCGAGGCGGCGCGCAAGCGGAAGCCGCGGCGGAACCGCACCACCUUCACCUCGGCCCAGCUGGCCGCGCUCGAGCGCGUGUUCGAGCGCACCCACUACCCGGACGCGUUCGUGCGCGAGGACCUGGCGCGCCGUGUCAACCUGAGCGAGGCGCGCGUGCAGGUCUGGUUCCAGAACCGCCGCGCCAAGUUUCGUCGCAACGAGCGGAGCCUGCUGGCGCAGCGCAGUCCGGCGCUGAGUAUGACCAGCGCCGUCGAGCACGCGGCCGUGGUAGAGCAGCCGCUUGCGCCCCGACCCACCGGGUCGCUGUGUGCCUCGACUUCGACUGUGACGUCACCCGGCGGCGACUACCCCGUCUACUCAACGUGGAAGCCGUCUGGCACCGCCCACUACGCCAUGAUUGGCCAGUCUUUCAUCGGCUCGACCACUAGCAGCGCGGCGUGCGCGAUGGUUCCCGCCGCCGCGUCGCUGGCAUACACGGCCGGCCAGGCGGCGGCGGCCGCUGCCGCGGCGGGCUUUGGAACACUGGCGGCGCCCCGCGGCGGCCUCAACAACUUCCGGCUCCGUCCACCCGACUACUCGCUACACUAGCGCCGUCCGGCGAUGACUUGCAAACUUGCGGACAGCUGGGAAUGCUGACGACGAAGGGCGGGCGGAUGCGCCGCGGCGCGUGAUGAAUGCAAGCCCGGGCCUCCGAACGGGUCUAGCCUAUAGUGCUGAGAAAUGUGUGUGGUAUGAGGCUGAGCAAGCGCCAAAAACGACGCGUCGACCACACCAAGCGCGCUGGAUAAAAACAGGUUCAUGUGAGUCGUGCACGAGUGCAGUUCUCUCACUCUGUUGGGCAUCAAUGGCUGGCAGAAGCUGACGGCCGUGAGUAGAGGUGCUAUGCUGACAGAACAUCACGCAACGUGAAGUGCAUAUGUCAUGAUGAAAUGUUUUAAGAAGUUAUCAGCAUCCCGGCAUAAGUGACGCUGGGCUGCUACUUUCGCGACGCCGGAGGGUGUUCUCAGAGCUUCUCCAAUUCGGCACAGGACGUAUCCAAACACUCAAGGUUUUAUAUAUGGCUGAACUACUCCAUGCGUAUCAAAGUGUGACACAUGAUUUUCAGUAGUUUGAAUAAAGCUGUACCUCUUCGUCACGGCUUGGUGACGACCGAGCAGAUAUUAAUGUGUAGAGCAAUACCAGCUGGUGAAACUGUCUGCAGCACGGCGUAUUCGGAGUGAGCGACUAUGUUGCCUUUGAGGUAGGUAGCACUUUUCCCGUUAUCGUGAUAGACGGCCAUCGUACUGAUCAUGUCAGAACUACUCGAAUGGUAAAAUAAAGCAUCACCGUCGAUGGAAA